GUCUCCUUCUUCCCUGUAUUUUCACCCAAAAGCGCAGCUUUGAUGACUGUACAAUCUAUUGCCUACGAAAGAACAAUGGUUACUUCACCAUCAACAACAUUUGAUUCAACAUUUUCAGAUCUUGGAAAUAUUUUGGAACCAUUACGAUCAUCCUGGAACUCGUUUGAAUCUGUGAUUAUCGUUAAAGAUUUGUCUUGGUGUGGUAUCGAAGAUUUACAAAAGGUCUUGCCUUCUUUUAAAACUAUUUUCAAAUUUGAUAAUGCAACAUACAGAUUGAAUGAUGGUCCGUUCUAUGAAGAUAUGCCAGGCUUUAAUCCUAUCGUCAAGACAACACCUGCAGUGAAGGCAUUGAAAAUCCAAACUUCUUGGGAUACAGCGGUAAAUCGAUUAUUGGAAAAUGAACAAGAACACGCUAUGCCAUCCAUUUCCAUGGUUUGUGGUACGAAAAAUGUUGGUAAAUCUACUUUUGGACGUUAUUUGGUCAAUCGACUUUUGAAUGUUCAUCAACGGGUAGCUUACCUUGAAACUGAUAUUGGUCAAACUGAAUUUACACCUUCUGGAAUGGUAUCAUUUCAUAUUUUGGAUACACCUCUACUUGGACCGCCAUUUUCUCAUCCUCAUCUCAAAUGCAAACGAAGCUUCUUUGUUGGAUCUACGUCACCGAAGAAUGAUGCCACUUAUUAUCUAGAUUGUAUUCAACAGUUGGUACAAACAUAUCGACAAGAAAGUGAAGCAUGGGUUGCUAUUGCUGAACAAGAUGGAGAUAAUAGUCAACGUCAACUAUUACCACUGGUAGUAAAUAUUCAUGGAUAUGUAAAAGGGGCUGGAUAUGACAUGUUAAUGACUAUGAUGAAGGACAUUAUGCCUACUCAUGUCUUCGCGUUUGUUAACUCGCCUGGUGUUUCCAACAAUACUUUCAAUUUACCUCCCGAUUUUACCAAUAAUGUAAUGAUGAUGCAAGAAUCUUUACCAAAUCGACAUUUAAUUCACCUUCAAAUCCCAACUAAUCCUACAUCGACUACAACCAUUUCUGAUCAAGGGCAAUCACUAUUACCAACCAGACCACAACAAUGGAAAGCACCACCUACUACCUGGGCCGACAAAUAUCAACCAAUAGAUCAUCGACAGUUUAUGCUAAUCUGGUGGCACACAUCGACAAGGUUAGUGGAACGUAUUCCUUGGACAAUUGAUUGGCGAACACAUUUGAAAGGUAUCUGGGUAUUAUUCGAUGAUGUACCAGUUUCUCAAUUAUUAUAUGCUCUCAAUGGUUCCUUGGUGGUUGGCCUCAUUCGAUCAAUAGACCCAGAAAAUCAUCGAUUUUAUAUCCUGACGCCUUUAAGUAUCGAACGCUUACAGCUAGUGACUGGUCUCGUCAAGGGUGAUUUGGAAUUACCUCUCAAUUGUAUGUUUGACAAACGAGAUGAAUAUGGUAAUGGCGUUUGUGAUUCUCCAUGGCGACAAGUGCCUUACUUAUCUCUCGACGUUGUAGAAACAGCAGGAUCAGCGGCUCCUAGGUUAAGAAGGAAUAUCAUGCGGAAAUCUCAGCAAAUGGAAUAG